CGGUCAUCACCGUAAUCCAUCUGUCCUCCUUUUCCCAGACCGCUCCUCUUUGGCGGUCCCUCGUCUGCGCAGCACCGCGAGCAGCGACCACGCAAAACCCUUAAACCCUAAAACCCACUGCCAUGAGAAGUAGAUGGAUCGCUGCCAUCACCGCCGAUGAGUCUACCAUCCCUCUCCUCCACCCGUCUUCCUUUUCCCUAUUCCUCGUUAACCUCCUUCCCCGACCCUUCUCUUCUCUCUCUUCCUCGUCCGCCGCCGCCGCCGUCCUGGAAACCCGACCCCCAAAAACCCCAACACCCGAUUCCCAUCUCCUCUCCCAGCUCUCCUCCAUCCUCUCCCGCCGGCACUGGCGCCGGAGCCGCACCUUGAAACGAUUGGUCCCCCGCCUCAACCCACUCCAUGUCGCCGAGCUCCUCCAGACCCGCCCCCUCGACCCCGAGACCGCCCUCGCCUUCUUCCAGUGGGUUGGCCAGUGGCCUGGCUACUGCCACACCGUAGACUCGUAUGCCUCCCUCCUUGGUAACCUCCUCCGCUCCAAAUCCCCCGUCAAUGCCGAGAAGAUCGUCGUCUCUAUGGUUAAGUCGUGCAAUUCUGCCAAAGAUAUGCGCUCCGCCAUAAAUUCCAUUAGAGCGUUUCGUCGAACAGGUGGCCCUGCCGUUUUCAGGCCGUCUCUCCGAUGCUAUCACAUGCUGUUGAGGUCCCUCGAGAGGUUUUCAAUGACUGAUGAGAUGAAGGAUUUAUACGAACAGAUUGUAAAAGAUUGGAUCUUGCCGGAUGUCAUUACAUGCAAUACGAUUAUUAAGGCCUACUGCAAGGAAGGGAAUAUUGCUGAGGCAAAGCAGUAUUUAAGGUACUUAUUGGAAGCAGGAUUGAAACCCGAUACCUUUACUUACAAUUCUUUGAUCUUAGGCUACUGUAAAAACAAGGAUUUGGAUAGGGCUUGUUGGGUCUUUGUGACGAUGCCGCAGAUGGGGUGCCAGAGGAAUGAAUUCUCAUACACCAUUCUUGUCCACGGGCUUUGUGAGGCCUGUCGGAUUGACAAAGCUUUUGUGCUGUUCUCAAAUAUGUGUGACGAUGGCUGCUGCCCAAAUGUGCACACUUACACAGUGAUGAUCGAUGGCCUCUGCAAGGAGGGCAAGUUUGAGGAUGCUGAAUCAUUGCUGAAUGAGAUUUCUGGCAGGGGUUUGGUCCCUAGUACUGUGACUUACAACGCUUUAGUCGAUGGGUACUGUAAAAGCGGAAAGAUAGAGGCUGCUUUGAGGAUUAUGAAGCUGAUGGAAUUAAAGAGGUGUAAGCCAGAUGCUUGGACAUAUUCAAUGAUGAUUCAUAGCCUUUCCAAGGAGAAUCGCCUUGAGGAUGCUGAAGCCAUGUUGAAUGAGGCUAUCGAGAAAGAGUCGUUUCCCAAUGUCUUUACUUACACUGGAUUGAUUGAUGGGUAUUGCAAGCAGGGAAAAUUUGUUGAUGCUUGUAGGAUUAUGAAACUGAUGGAGUUGAAUGGGUGCAAACCAGAUGUUUGGACUUAUACAACAAUGAUUGAUAGCCUUUGUAAGGAUAAUAGGCUACAUGAUGCGAAAAGCAUGCUAAACGAGAUGUUUGACAAAGGCUUGGAUCCUAAUGUUGUCACCUACACGGCCUUGAUUGAUGGGUAUUGUAAGAGAGGGCAUGUUGAUGCUGCAUUGGAGAUUGUGGAAUUGAUGGAAUCAAAUGGCUGUCAGCCAAAUGCCUGGACAUAUAAUGAGUUGAUUUAUGGGUUUUGUCAGGAGAGGAGCGUGCACAAGGCAAUGGCUUUGUUGAGUAGGAUGCUUGAGAGUGGGUUAUCUCCAGGCCUUAUUGCAUACACUGCUUUGAUUCAUGGACAAUGCAAGGAGGGUCAUAUAGAUAGUGCUUUUAGACUACUUGAUUCUAUGGAAGUGAAUGGUUUGGUGCCUGAUCAACAGACAUACUCUAUCAUAAUAGAUGCCCUCUGCAAAAGUGGGAGAAUUGAAGAAGCUUGCUCACUCUUUAAGUCUGUUACCAAGAAGGAGGUAAGGGCAAACAGGGUGAUGUAUACUGCUUUAAUAGAUGGUUUAUGUAAAGCUGGAAAGCUUGAUUUUGCUCAUUCGUUGCUGGAGGAAAUGGUUUCUAAGGACUGCUUGCCAGACUCAUAUACCUAUAGUGUUUUGAUAAACGGUUUGUGCAAAGAAAAUAAAUCGCAAGAAGCAAUAUCGUUACUAGACGAUAUGCUUGAAAAGGGAAUAGAGCCCACGACUGUCACCUAUACGAUUCUUAUCGACGAAAUGCUCAAGAAAGGGGACUCUGAAGAUGCUAAAAGAAUGCUUGAGCAAAUGGUUUCUUCAGGGUGUAAGCCAAAUGCUAUCACCUACACAGUAUUCAUUCGUGCCUAUUGCAGCAAAGGCAGGGUAGAAGAGGCAGAAAGUGUGAUGCUAGAAAUGAAAAAAGAAGGUGUUCAUCCCGAUUUGAUGACUUAUAACACAUUGAUUGAUGGGUGUGGGAAUAUAGGAUAUAUAGAUCGAGCAUUUUCUGUUUUCAAGGACAUGAUGGAUGCUGCAUGUGAGCCCGAUUACUGGACUUAUUCAGUUCUACUCAAGCAUCUCAUCAAGAGGAAGCAGGUUAACAGUGUCCUUGCCAAUACUUCUGAGCUAUGGAAAAUGUUAGAGAUAGAUACUAUAUUGGAGCUUUUGCAGGAGAUGAUGAAGCACAGUUGCACUCCAAAUGUGGUCACAUACAAUGUCCUCAUUUCAGGGUUCUGCAAAGAGUGCCGGUUGGAAGAAGCAUAUAUGCUGCUUUCUCAUAUGAAGGAAAGAGGGAUAUCUCCCAAUCAAGGUAUCUACACCUCUUUAAUUAAUUGCUGUUGCAAAGUGAAAAGGUAUUCCGAGGCAUCAACAUUCAUAGGAUCCAUGGUAGAAUGUGGUUAUCUACCUCACUUGGAAUCCUACCAGCUUCUUCUUUCAGGGCUUUGUGAUGAAGGAAACUUUGAGAAGGCUAAAAUGCUGUUUGCUGACUGUCUUGAGAGGGGUUAUAACUGUGAUGAAGUUGCAUGGAAAAUUCUUAUUGAUGGUCUACUUGAAAACGGCUAUAUCAACAUAUGCUCUGAGAUGUUAUCUAUCAUGGAGGAAAGACACUGCUCUCCUAGCUCUCAAACAUAUGCUAUGAUUGCCAGGGAUAUUCGAGAAGUAAUCAAUGAGGCACUGAGUGGAAUCGAGGGGUGAUCUUUGUUUCUGGUUAUCUCCUGCCAUACUUAUCCAUAUGGUACAUGGCACACAUUUUUCCUUGGAUGAACAAGUGAAAACUGAGAAAGCCAAGGGCAUAAGGGAACACAUUCUUCUGGAAUGUUCUUUACCAUGUCGCAUAUCAUAGUAUAUUGGUGGUGUAAGAACUGCACCAGAUUAUUGAUGCAGCAUUCUCUGGGUUGAAGUUAGACAGCCCUGGGUUAUUGCACCAUAAUUCAAAUCAGAAAGUCCAUGGUAGGAAGACAUUACAAAUGUCGGUGACAAAAGGCACAACAAAUUCUGCUAUCUUUUCAAGAGGAUCGUUGCUGCUGUGUUGAAACUGAAACAUCUUGCAGAAUCAAGGGUGAAUUGAUUGCAGGCUGUCUGCUCAUAGCUCUAUAAUCUUUGUUGAGCCUGAUUCCACCAAGCCUUCUUCGGUGUGGAAUUAUGAGAAUUACCAGGUUGUUGGCACGAGGCUUUGAGACCAAACUUGGCCAGUUCAAGGUUUGUAUGGCUCCAGUGUCCUGACCUUGGUGAAACCGAGCGUGGUUCAUGGCUAAGCACAUUGUGUGACUUGCGUUGUCAUGCAUUUAAGUGAACAACUUUGAUCCUGACAUCCGGUACCGCUUGGCCCCUUUUGGCCAUAGGCCAGGCUGUCUGCUGUUGUGUUCUCCAGGAUUGGGGCCUCAUCUUUUCUUGGAGAAAGCAUGGAUUGGAUCUGGGUUUCAGUUUGAAUCAGUUCAGAUAGCUCGGGCUUGUGUGCGGUCAGGUUUAAUUUUGUUCAGGCUGAACCUGAGCUACUUUUAACCAACACCUGGAGACCUUUCCCCAUUAUGUCAUGGGUGAAGCAUCACCAAUUAUGAUUGUAAACUAAAUCUUCUUUUAUGGGACUACAUCCACGAAAGAUGCCUUGUGGCUUAAGUGCCCUGACCAAUCAAUUUGUGGGGACACAGGUCAUUGAAUUGAUGCAAUAUCCUUAGUUCAUGUGGGAUUUGAUCGAACCUGCGUACUGUCUAUGGAUUGGUGCUGCUUUGGGUUGAGAGCACAGCAAAUUGACAUGUCUGGCACAUCCUGUUGGCGGUUGUUUUCUUGCUAAAUAAAUCUGAAAGCCUAGCCACAAGUGCCGACUGAUUGCUUUCAAAAUCUCUGUCCAAAUUGCAUUUGUAUCCAGAGUACAAAUUACAUUCUGCUUGUUGGAUGUUGCCAGUGCAUAUCAUUUUCAUUCA